AUGGAUGCAAGAAUGGUGAGUUUCAAUUUCAAGAACAGAGUUGGGUUUCGUGACACUUACAGCGUGUUUGGACGUCUGAAAAAGCUUGCUUUGGAUUGGUUUAGCUUGAGUGAAUGCCCAGGAAGCGAUUGGGACAGUGGUAUCAACCUUGUGAUGUCGGGAAUGGGCUUACAGAUGCCAUUUGGAGAUCGCUGGAAGGAGGAUGGGCUUAAAGAUUCCAUUUGCAGGAGCGUCGGUCUCAUAAGAGAUUCCUUAGCGAGAACUUGCAUACCUGUUGUUGUGGAAGAUUCCACUGGGGAAGCCUGA